GUUGUUGUGUGCGUGGCUGGGGACACUCAGCUAUUCAUUUCCAGUUUGUACCAUUGAUUGUGUUGAGCAAUUAGCAGGAACACGCUUGUUCUCACAAAUCCAUCGUGGGCUCUCACUGCAGCACUUCUCCCAUCUCUCCCCAUCCUGCCAGGCAUCGAGGGCCUGCACUCCCCAGGUUUCCUGUGCCCAUUGCUUUUCCUCGGAGCUUCACUCCAUCGCAUCUGAUUGAGCUGUAGAUGUCUCUGCACACUGCAAUGGAGCCAGACCAGACGGUCUUUCAAGUUCCCUCCCAGCUCAAACCAUUCUGUGAUUCUGCUUUGCCCCAGUCACGCAGUUCACACCUUCAUCUCUGUGUCAGAUGCUUCCCUCAGAUCUGAAGGGGGCCACACAGGACAGCCACACCCUCUGCACUUCAGCCCAAGCUGCAGUCAGGAUGCAGACUUCCUGCAGAAGUCAUCAGUGAGCACCAUUUGGUGCAUGUUGUCGCCAGUUAACUUGUUUGGAAACCAUCAUAAAGCCAAAAUACACUCCCACACUGUUUGCCAGGGGCGGUGGGAGGAUGGAGCAUGCUGUGAGGUGUAUCUCGGUUUAUUGCUUUGCAUUUCUCCAUGUGUGAGAUGAUGUUAUGAUCAGUGAAUGCAAAGCCGUAUAACUUUCAACCUCUUGGGUCCCAAUCUUGCAAUGCUUUAUAAAUGUGUGUAAUGUUAAGUAGUCUCAGUAUUUCCACUGACCUCAAUGGGACUACUUAGAGUACUUUAAGUUAAACACAAACAUUUUUUCAGGAUAAGUGCCAAAGAUGACUCAUAUAAGCGUACGCAUCAUGGAUUUUUAUCCUUUUACUGCUAUUUGUUGUUACAACUUCGAGUCUCCUGAAGGUUCAAUAUGUUGAGCUCAGCUCCAGGUUUCAUUGUAAAGUAGCCAGUUUCUAUUCUGCACAUUUCAUCUUGCUUAGGUUUAAUGCUGUCUUGAAGCAUUGUAACGUUGGCACUGCUCAAGCUUUAUCCUUUUUGGAUCCUUUAUCAGCUCCAGCAGCUGUUUUGCAUGAAUGUGAUGGCUGAAGAAUACGGAUUUCAGAAAUCAUUUUAUUUUUUUCCCAGCAUUCAGCAAUGAGAGAUCGUUGUCUGCUUAACAAUAAUGGGUUUUCCAAAAGUGAAAUGUGACAAACAAUUUAGAAUAAAUCAGACCUCGAGGAGUUUAAUAGUAAAAUUCAAUGACCCAUCACCAAUGUUUUAUACAUUAUGCAAGCUCAGUGCAGACAUAGCGGAGAGCAUAUGCAAUUACUGAAGAUAAUUAUCUUAUUCUUAUGAGGGAAAAUGUUGCUCAGUAUUUCUUCUGUUAAAUAAUUGACUGAGGUUUCUAAUGUCGUUUUGGAAGGAAUGUCGCAGACAUUUGGAAAUCUAAUAAUUUAAAUUAAAUAAUUUAAAAUGGCAAAAAUAACACAGGCUGAGUACAGGAGGUGCUAGAAUUGUUCUCUAAUAAAUCUGAAACAUUAUUAGUUGGGAGAUUAUAGUUUGGAAAGACUGGAAGCUGUACCACGUUUGAUUCAAUAAUGAGGGACGGGGUUUGCGUUCACUUUGUCACUAUCAACAGCUGGAGCUGCAGCAAAUCUUGCUAAGUCAGGCCAGAUGUCAGCCAUCCACAGAGCACUCACAGCCCACUGCCUGCACGUAAGGAGCCUACACGAGGUUACCCAAAUAAGCCAGUCUGCUGUGGGCUUAUUUGGGCUUUCUGAGGGCUCAGAAACUCUGAAAACGCCAGAGGUCUGAAAAAAGAGAAAGGUUAAAAACCCCUCCUUCAAACAAAAGGGUGGUGGUUGGUCAGCAGCAGUCUUGGUGGUGUGUUUUCAGACCUGUGCAGUCUGUGGCUGUGAUGCCACUCUCCAGGCAACACAAGUCAGUAACACUUCCCCCAAAGUCUAACUGGUGGAAAAUAUGUGUGAAAGAAGGCUUGGUAUUUUUUCUUAGCUGUUUAGCUGUGGUAAAGUAUAUUGUUCAGCACGGUGGUGCAACAGUUCUUGGUGCUGGUCUCAUCUUAAAUGAACAGGCAAGAGGAGCAGCGGAGAAAGGAAAGGAGAAAAAGAGGGCAGGUGAAGGGAUUGCUGUUUGCAGAGGAACAAGCAGAGGGCCUGGUUUCUCGUUUCCCUCGCAGGAUUCAGUGGGUGAGUUGGUCAGUCAAGCUUGAAGGAGAGUUGGACACAGCUGUCUCUUUUGCCUCCUUUGUGAAAAUGAUUUGGCAAUAGCUGCAACAGAAAUGGGUCAGAUACACAUUUCUCAUCGGACGUCAGGUCCAGAGUCUGGUUUGACCUUCAACAAGUUAUCUUUAACUGAAAGAAUUCCAAGUCUGGCAAAUUCCUAUUCAGCAAAUUUUCCCGUUCCUGAAUAUGCUUAAUUUGUCUCUGCUGGAAACACAAUUAGUACAAUCAGCCAUACAUAUUUAUAGCAAAUUAUUUUUCAUAAGUGAUGUGAAUUCUGUCUGCCUUAGGCUGUGUUAGCGAGCGGUUCUGGAAGGACAAGAACUGUCUGCAUUAUUUAUUAAGAAAACUUACUCCUUUGUAUUGUGAUAUUUAUGAAAUUCAACUCUGCUUGCUUUGUUAUUGCUAGAAGAGAAGAUGAUGAAUUUGAAGUCACGCUGUCAGUGGGGUGAGGUCAGAUAUUUUUUAAGAUAACAUUUUAGCCUGUGGCUUCUGUACUUUGUGAAUAGUUUUCUAUGGCACUGGAGCGGUGUAGAUGGAAUCAUCACCUCAGGGAAUGCAUAUUGGAUUAGAAUUUCUUUAUGAAUCAGGCUUCCAGGAAAACUGAUUACAGAUUUUCUAUUAAUGGUGUAAUCUCAUUUGGUCGCGAUUUGGUUUUAUUCUGUCUUUUAGAAAAGAAAAUCUUUGUGUGCAGAGAACCUCAAGUUAAAUUCUCCAUUCUAAUGCCUUCAAAUAUCUAGUGCACACAUAAACCUCAAGGGAGAGUUCUGUCCCUAGAGAAAAUAAUUUUUCAAACAGCUGUGAAAUACGGGGCAGGGUUUGGUGUGGUGAAGAUAAUAAGCAAGGUGUGACUGCUGAGGUGUAGCAGCAUAAAGCAAAGGAUUUUCAGUAGGAGUUUACUGUACAACAACAACAGCAAAAACCAGAAUGCAGCAGCAGCAAAAAAAGGUUGCCCAAAAAAGGGAAGUGUGUUUAGACAUCGGUGUCCUGCUAUUCAGAAUGGGACUUCCUCCCUUUGUAGGUAGCUGCCACAGUAAUUCUCCCUGCACAAGAAACGAGGAGCGUGUUAUCUGGUAUUUAGACACAUAACAUUGAUUUUACCUUAAAAUCAAUUGGAUUUGCAGUUUCCUCUCACAAUAUUGAUGGUCUUGAAAGUGCAUUUGGAUCCAAGACGUUUUCUACCAGUGAACAAAUUAAGAACCUCCUCUCUCUCUCAGAUCCGUACAGACAAUUUAAUAUCUUGUGACCUCAUUUCUCCAAAUUAAAUGAAAAAGCAUUUUUCUCUUAACUUUCCAUGAAGCUCAGCUAUUGCCUGUUAAUUUUGACUGUUAGUGCUGAUCUUUCGAUUGGACUUACACUGGAAAAUGUAGCUUCUAAUGGGACACUUGCUUUUGAGUCUUUCAAUGCAUCACUUCAUCCAGUGCCUCAAGCUUUAGCAAGUUCCCCAGCACACCAUGAUAUCAUAGCCAAAGAGGGAACCAGUAUUUUAAUUGAAUGUAAAGUGAACAUCAGCCAAUAUGAAUAUAUUCUUUGGUAUAACUCCAAAGGACACCUGCUUCAACAGAAAGAUGAAGGUGGACGGUGGAGAAUUGCUGGUAAUUUCCUUAACAUCACAAAGGUCAACUUUGCUGACCGGGGACGAUACACGUGUGCAGCUGUUCAUGGUAACAACACAGCGUAUUCCACCGUCACCCUGAGAGUCACCUUCACCUCGGGAGACAUGAGCAUUUACUACAUGAUUGUGUGCCUCGUUGCCUUUGCCAUCACGCUCAUUUUAAACAUAACUCGUCUGUGCAUGAUGAGCAGCCACCUCCGCAAAACAGAGAAGGCUAUCAAUGAGUUCUUCAGGACGGAAGGGGCCGAGAAGCUUCAGAAGGCUUUUGAGAUAGCCAAGCGUAUCCCCAUCAUUACAUCUGCCAAAACGUUAGAGCUGGCCAAAGUCACUCAGUUUAAGACCAUGGAGUUUGCUCGGUACAUCGAAGAGCUUGCCAGAAGCAUUCCCCUUCCGCCGCUGAUCCUUAACUGCAGGGCGUUCAUGGAAGAGAUCUUUGAGGCUGUGCGAGUCGAUGAUCCCGAUGAAGUCGGCGAGGCAGAAAAACAAACCCAAGCCUGCGGUACCCAAGCUGCAAUGUACCCCAUCAACACGGAGAUCAAGCGCAGCGAUUCGCCGGCCGCGGAUUCUGACGAUGGGUCUGUGAAUGAGCAGGGCCAAGAAAUAGCUGUUCAGGUGUCCAUCCACCCGCAGGCAGAAGCGCAGAGCAUUGACACCGUUUCUCAUGACAGCUGCCAGUUAGCUCCUUCUGAGGAGGGCACCUGCUGAACCCAGCCACAUCUGUUGUACAGGAGCACGGGUGUCUGGGAUAACGUGAGAAAGGGGUGUGCAAACAAGCUGCCUCACCCCUGUGCACAAGAGCUGUUUUUUUUUCCAAAUUGCAAGGUGCCAGAACUACUGCUGAUGUCUGUAUUUCCCCUCAGUGUUUCGCUGUGUUGGUCUAACAGUUUCAGAUCCGUAAGAGAAGGGUGUUUGAAUUGUUGUUCAGUGGAUUUUCUUUUUGAAGCAGCUUGUUUUACUUCAAGUAUUUACAAAGCAGUAAUUCUUUCACCAGCUCCUUGGUACCCUCUGAUACUUCUGUGUUAGAAGUAGCCAAGCUGAGCAGAACAAGAUGCAGUAAGAUCUUUUGCUUUGUAGGCCUGUUCUUCCUUCACAAAGUGGAAGCAGAAUUCCUUAAAGCCAAUGUUGUUACCCCAAUGAAUUGAGUUGUGGGCUUUUUUUGAAUUGCCUCACACUGCGUGUAGCCCAUCAGAACCAUGGUGAGCUUGAACAAAUCUGUUUUGCGUAGCGUGCUUCUGUGUUGCUAUCAAAAUGUACUGUGUUUAGAAAAAUAACUGCACCGAGAUCUGCUGCUGAAUUAAACAAAGUGCUGUGGCAGCUUAGAGAACAACCAGGGGAUCUCUGCUUUCUGUGCAUCUGCAUCUGUGCUCGAGCGUGUGGAAAGCAAAUUGCUACAAACCUUGUCACUUAAGCUUGGUGCUGAUUGCCAACUGCCUUACCCUGGCUCUGUCUUACAGAGUGGAGCAGUCGGUGGUACCACUGGAACUGUCUUUUGGCUCUGCUGAUUUCACUCGCUAUAGAGAACCCAAAGUUUCAUGUUGCAUUUGACGUUGUUGUAAGAAUGACAGUGAUCGUCCAGAGGCGUAACUUAAAGGGAAAUUUGUCUACAGUUAAGGUAUCUCAGGCAGUUAUUUCUGAACAGUGUAAUAAUGGAGGGGAAAAAGCAAUGCCACUGACUUUACUCUGGCUACUGCUUUCAGGAAGCAGUGGGAGAGAGGGCUUAGCAGAGGGGCUGGCUGAGCUGCUUGCCAGCCUGUUUCCAGAGCAGAGUGGUUGAGAGUGCUGCCCUCUCCCAUCUGCUGAAGAGGAAAGGCAACUGACAUCCAUACCUACACAUGUACGUGCUGCACCAAGGAUCUCCUGCACGGCUUCCUUCCUCAGCUCUGGAGCUGUGGCCUCAUGGAAGCCACAGGCAGACAAGAAUCAAGUAUUUUCUUUCACACGUUGGUGCUGAUUUUCUUUCUCCCUAGCAUUUAUAAGUUGUAUCACUUAAAUAGCAUUAUAUAUCCUAUCGAGAUUCAGUAGAUGUAAGGGUUGUAAAAACUCCACAAAUUAAUUUUUUACAACUACUGGAACCAUUCUGCCAUAUAAUUUAAACAACUUGGCAACAGGAGCACCAUUUAAUUUCCCACAACUCUUUUUUCUUUUCCUUAUUAUUACAAAAAUGUCAGUUGAACAAGUGAUUCUGGAAGGCUGUUCAGGAUUCUUAAGAGGAUUUGACUCUACAUUUACAUGAGUAAGCAGGCACAGUGGUAAUAACAGGGUGGAGCUUUCUGUUGUAGUGCAUCCUCCUAACAAAGGGCCUGAGCAAAUUACAUUUAUCACAUCAUAUCAAAUGAUGGGAAAGUGAAGCAUCUAUUACUGUUUUAAAAUACCUCCUGGGGAAAGUUCUGCUAACAGCCACCAGUAAAUGCAGCCUACUUGGCUUUGGUAUAUUGGGUAAGAGCUGUGUUUUUUGGUGAGAAUGAACACUGCUAGCCUUAGUUGCAGUAGUGCUCUGACCAACCUGGUACCUUUGCCAAGACUGUAGCAAACAUCUGCUUCAGGGGAGGAAAGCUUGCUAUAGACACGAUAGAUACUGCCCUCUGCAGUAACUUCUUGUUAGUUUCCAUGGUUUGGUGGCACUUUAUGUCUAGGUGAGAAAUUUGUGUAGUUUUGUGUAAGCUGUCUGAUUUUUAAAAACGUUUUUGGUGAUCAGUGUUAAACUCUUGUGAAUAAAGGGCUGGUUCUAGAAGCCCUGCCAAGAUGCUGCUGGCUUCAUUUCUGUCUUACAGUGAGCUCUGCAGAUCUAUUGCCUGAGCACAGAUCUGGGGGUUUGUACCACUUUGUCCUGCCUGAAAGCUGAUGGCCACAGGAGAGGGUCGUCUCUUUAAUCUCUGUUGAGCCACAGGCCCUUGGCGUUGUAGCUGCUCCUGCCAGUUUUCACAAAACAGCUCUCCUUGCUUCUGUGAAGCUCUUGCAUUCCUUGUGGCAGUAACAUCUUUGACAUUUCCCCUUCCCCUAUACGCAGUGUAAAGACGCAGCUACGAAAUCAAAGCUCCAUUUAAUUGCUUCUGUGGAAGCAGUUAUGCAGUUGUGAUUGACAGAUGUCUCGUCAGAAGCAGCAGCUUGCAGGCAGCAGGAUGAUCCUGGAGGUGCAUCAGAUGGGUGUCAGGAGAGGAGUUUCGGGAUUAACUCAAUCUGUUCUCUGAUUUUUAUUCUUUAUUUCCAUAGCUCCGAGUUCUCACUGAGCGCCGUUACGCGCUGUCGCCAUGUGUCCCCAUUUCUGGUGGAGAGGAAAGAAUCCUACAUCCAGGUCCUCAGAAAUGCAAUUGCUGUGUCAAUUGCUGGAUAAUAAAGCCAAGUGUUUUCCUGAAUUAUUGCAGCGUUUUGUUUCCCAAAUUAAUUCCAUCCCUGAGAAGGAAGCUGUAUUGCAAGAAUUUCAGUAAAUCAGUGACACUUAUUAAAUGUAGGAACUGAUCCUACCUCCACUGAAUUCAAUUAGAGCAGAUUAGGAGCCUCAGUGUAUUUUACAAACAAUAUUACAGGGUUUUUUGUGCCUCUGAAAGCAAGGAGGAUGGUGGUGUUAUGCAGUAGAUGUGAUUUCCAGAGAAGGAAACCUGACACUGGUUUCAAACAACUUGUGAACUCUUCUUACAUUGACUAGCUGUGUGCAUGUAGGUCUGUUUGAUGUGACUAACUGAAAAUUAACAUUGAAAGAUUGUAUAAGUGACAGUGUUUCUAACGUUUCAUAGGUCACGGAGAUUCUACAGUGGUUUCCUUGGUUUAAACUGAAUUCUUCGACAAUCUCAAGGCUAUUUUAUCUCUUCUUUAUAACUGCUUUUUAUUUAAAAUAACAUAAAAUCGACUCAUUACCCGAGAGUACCUAAAAAUAACUUUGUAGUGGUUAUUUGUAUCACUUGGAUUGUAACGUCACUGUUUAAUGUAACUGCAUAGGAUUUCAUACUUUCAUAAAAUGAACUGGUAGAUUUGCAAAAUAAAUGAAAAACAAAAGCUUUGUUC